AUGAGCCCACAAACCCGACGACAGGCCGCAAAGGCCCAAAACCCUUCCUCUGAUUCCGAGCCUGAAGUCAGAUCCAACGGUAACGGGUCUGCCAACGGCGUCGCGGAUGCUUCGGACGAUGCCCCUCGCGAGAACAUCUUCCUUUUCAUCCCCAACAUUAUUGGCUACGCGCGCAUCGUCCUUGCUAUCGCGUCACUCUACUACAUGCCCCUCCAUCCUCGUACUUGCUCGUUUCUCUACAGCGUCUCAUGUCUCCUCGAUGCCCUCGAUGGCUACGCCGCGCGUAUCUACGAACAGUCCACUCGCUUUGGCGCUGUUCUUGAUAUGGUCACAGAUCGCUGUACUACAGCCUGUCUUAUUGUCUUCCUCUCCUCCGCCUUCCCUCGAUGGGCCAUUGUUUUCCAGGGCUUGAUUGCUCUUGACCUUGCCAGCCAUUACAUGCAUAUGUAUGCUACCCUUGUUGUCUCAGGCACCAACGCCAGCCACAAAAGCAUUGACGAGAGCAAGAACUGGCUAUUGCGCCUCUACUACACCAACAAGAAUGUCCUUUUUGCCCUUUGCGCCCUCAACGAGCUCUUCUUCAUCGCUCUCUACCUCCUGUGCUUCUCGUCUCCUCUUGUCUCGCCCUACCUCAUCAAGCCCAUCCAGACUGUCGGUGCUGAGCUUCAGGCUGGUGCUCAAGUCAACACUUCGAUCCUCGCCCAGAUUUUCCCUGACCCCUUCAGCCCUGCUGCUCUCGAGCUUGCACGUGCGAACAAGAUGGAUUCUACAGUACCUUGGAUAAUUGCCGGUGUUAGCUUUCCAUUUAUGUUCCUCAAGCAGUUCAUCAACUGCGUUCAGCUUUACAAUGCCAGCUUGGGCCUCGCCGAGAUCGAUCUCAAGACUCGCCGAGAGCAGGGUCUCCCUCGUCCCAAGCCCAAGCAAGCUUAA